GUGGUAAGAAAGUGAGGAGGAUAUAAUGUAAAUAACUGUGGCACGGCAGAGUUGAUAAAUUUCACUUUAGUAUGCCAUAUACGGAAGAUUACAUUAAGAAUAAAUUAAUCACAGAGCUUGGAGCUUUACAUGUGGAAGUUGAAGAUCAAUCUGAUGGUUGUGGCGCAAAGUUCUCUGUGGUGAUUGUCUCUGAUAAAUUUGAAGGGAAACCUUUACUGCAACGGCACAGACUGGUAAAUUCAGUUUUGGAAGAAGAACUGAAAGAAAUUCAUGCGUUUUCACAACAGACGUUAACACCAGAACAGUGGAAAAAGAAGCACGCUUGAUAAUGAUUCCUUUAGAAUUUGCUAGGAAAUAGUCAAUGAAGG